GCCCGGGCAGCCCUCGAGGCGACAGUGGCACGGACAGCUUGCUUUGCUUCCAGGACCCGCCGGCCUCUGGUGUGGCCCGCCGCAGGCCUUCGAGAUGGAUUACCCGUUCGUUGCCGUGACCGGUUGGCCAUCCCACCCGGCCUCGUCGGCGAGUGGCCGCCCGACCUUCGGCCACCACAGAUCGCUGUCCAGCAUCUUAAGGUCCGCCUCGCCGAAACCCUCGUCCACGCACGUCAGAUCGAAUUCCAGCGCCGAGCAGUCUGUCCCCGCCGACGUCGCUCGCUCCCUGCCUUCUACACCGCAACCCAAGCGGUUCCUCGUCCCGAGCUCGCUCGACGAUGACAAUGAUAUGAGCACGAUACCCGACCCAAGGUGUAGGGCAGUAAGCCCUACGAACGGCGGGGCCAUGGCCUCUCCGCACCACCCGGAUCUCGAUGACGAGGUCGCGACUCUGAGCACGAAGCUCAUCAACGCCAUCAACCAUCAGACGACGCUGGACGACAACCUCACGGCCGCGAGGCUGGAGCUGGAGAAGUCCCGGGAGAGGAUACGGCAGCUCGAAGCCGUGGUAGAAGAACAGAGGGAAAUGCUUGCCGGCGACGUGUGGGUGAGGCGGAAGGUCGUGGAGGAGGAGAAGGCACAGCUGAUCGCCCGCGCUGCCGAGGAGAAGCGAGCUCGUCUCGACAUGGAGCAGCAGAAGAGGAAGAUCGAGCAAGAGCUGGAAAACCUGACGGCAGCGCUUUUCGAGGAAGCCAACAAGAUGGUGAUCGCGGCAAAAGAGGAUGCCCGGAUAGAGCAGGAGGCGCUGCAACGCAAAAACGACCAGCUCAGGGCCCAGCUCGCCGAUACGGAAGGUCUCCUCCGAUCUCAGCAAGAGCAGCUGGCCGAGCUCAAGCACGUCAUGGAGCAGAUGACGGUGGAAAAGGAGGAACAGUCACCGCCUACUCUUCCUUCAUCCCCGGGCUUCGAGAGCUUUGAUCCUCGAGAGGCCGCAGUCUUGCCCGCCGGAAGUCGCUACCAGAGUCUGUCGGCACCCUUGUCCCCUUCGUACCCGACCAGUUUCACCCACCUGCUGCACCCCGUCCUCCGAACCGAUCUAGCGGCGUAUGACGACUUCAAGGAGCUGCUUCGCACAUCGAAGAGGCUCUCGGCACCACGGCCCCCUUCAGGCUCCUCCGGGCUGGCAUCUCUUGGCAUCGGCCUCGGGUCGGUCAGCUCGCAUGUCUCGCACGGUUCCUCGUCAACCGUCUCUCUCGGCAUGACCGGAAGCCCACCGGCGUCGUCUCCACAAACACCAAAUACGCCGGCAUCGUCAGCCGGCAGCGCCUCGUCCGCUGCCACGCCGAUACCUCUCCCGCAUCUGAAGGAGACAAAGUUCUACAAGCGAGUGCUUGCCGAAGACAUCGAGCCGACCCUCCGUCUCGACACCGCACCGGGGCUCUCUUGGCUCGCCCGCCGCAGUGUGUUGGCUUCCAUGACGGACGGGUCGCUGGUUGUCGAACCGACGCCCUCAACGGCCACGGGCCGCUUCGGCCGGGUAAUCAAGCCCGAGCUCUACCCCUGCGCCCUCUGCGGCGAGUCGAGGAAGGAGGAGGAGCAUCUCCGCACGCACCGCUUCCGCAUCCACGAGUCGGACAGCACUCAGGUCGGGUAUCCGCUCUGCAAAUACUGCCUCGGCCGGGUCCGAUCCACCUGCGAGUUUCUCGGCUUCCUCCGCAUCGUCAAGGACGGCCACUGGCGGGCUGAGGACGAGGAUGCCGAGAAGGCGGCCUGGGAAGAGAGCGUCCGCCUGCGGGAGCAAAUGUUCUGGAGCCGCAUCGGCGGCGGGGUUGUGCCUGCCGCCCAUACCCGCCAUCUCUCGAGCUCCAGCGUCGCGCCCAGCCUCCGGGGAGAGAAGAGCCCGAGACCGAGCUACGAGGGCACGCCGAGGCCGCCUCAGCCCGCGAAGCUGCACCUCGAGCUGCCCAGGGCAUCGGAGCCCGAUCACCCCGGCGAGACCGUCGAUAGCGCACAGACGCACGCUGCCCAAGAUGCAGACGAGGCUCCCGCAGCAGAUGCUCCCAUCGCCGUUGAGACCGAAAAAAAUAGUUCGCCUGCGUUUGACGACGCCAACGAACAGCAACCCGACACCAAACCGACUGUCGAAGGCGGUGGCCAGAACCAAUUGCCCCUGUCGGCAGCUGUUUCUAUGGCUUUCUAACAGGGCACCGAGGAGAACACCUCCUGUUGGUUCUGCCUAUCACACACUGUAUUAUUAUUAUCAUCGAGUUUCAGCGGUGCCCGAGCUGAGUCCACGAGAAAGGUCACGAUAGACGGCACACUUCACACGGCGCUCAGGAUCUGUUCUUUUCGCUCUGGUCGGCAUUCCACAUCCGUUUAGCCUACAGGAAGAAG